GUUAAAUUAUUUGACAGAUUUUUUUUUAUUUUCUCAAAAAUGUCAAUAAUGGAAAAUGGAUAUUUCCCAAUUAUCCUUCUAUACACAGUGUUUGAUGUGUUUUUCCAUUUGUACAAAUGUACUAUCCUGUUCUACAUUUAAAGACAUGGAACAAUUCCCCGAGUACUGCAAGCCUUCCGAAGAACAGUUGUUCAACUACGAUAAUAAAAUCGUGAAUCGAAAAAGAGAAGCAACGCCUUUUACUUAUGCCUUUAAAAUAUCCUACAGAAAUAACAUGUCCAACGCAUAUAUAACAAAGACAAAGAGCGAUAUUAUCCUAGAAGACAGAUCUACAUUAACUAUUAUUGGCGAUAAUGGUAAAAAAUACACAGAAGAUAUUAAUAAAUACAACGAACUGUACGAAGGCUAUAUGGAGAACAGACCUCAGGAUUCUUUCAUUAAGGGAUACAUCAAAGAUGGUUACUUCUUUGGGCGGGUUGUGAUCGACAAAAAGGCGUAUUAUAUAGGUGAAAGUGAACCAGUAGCCAGUCCUCUUUUAUUCGAUCGACCAAACGAUUUGUAUAAAAAACUAUACGAUAAAAACGAUCCCAGUUAUGACGCUGCCUUUAUUAAAGAAGCGGAAAAAGUUUAUCGAGAAAGCGAGUUGGACACGAACAAAAUGACUGAAAAGGAGAUCAUGCGGCGCUUUAAGAAAUGGAAAAAGGAAGGGAUGCUCUGUCCACUAUUAGUAGUAUUAGAAAACUCAUUUCUACGAUUACUACAUAAAGGUAAUAAAGAAGCAGCAAUGACGCACGCUUUAUUUACUCUAGACGAAGUGAACGCCAUCUGGAGAAGAACAGACUUCGAUAAUGACGGCGAACCCGAUAACAUAGGAAUUUACAUUAAAAAAACGGAGGUGAUGGAAACCGAGGAACCUGUAUAUUAUAUUCAGCCAUACAAAAUGGGGCAAACAAAUGCUGUCGAUUACCUGAACAAAUUUUCUAUGUAUACCGAACUGAGGAAAUACUGUCUGGGCAUGGUUUUAACACAUCAAAUGUUUAGUGAGUCCGUUGUGGGACUGGCGUGGUUAGGCAAUCGAAAGUAUGUCCGAGUAGGUGGAAUAUGUCAAAAAACCAUUGACAAUAAAAACCUCAAUACAUUCCUGGCGUCAGCUACCAAAAGCACAAGAGAUAAGAUAAGUCAGAUGAGGUUCGAAACAACCAUUGCUCACGAAUUAGGACACAGUUUUGGUGCUAAGCACGAUGAAUCUGACAAACACCGCAACCUGACUGAUCCUACAUGCCGUGGCCACCUUAUGGCACCUCAAGUAUUUAACAAAUUUACAGGCAUAAAGCAGCUUUCGUUUUCAACUUGUAGCAAAACGGAUAUGAGGGCUGGUAUGGUUGGGCAUGGCAGCUGCAUGGAGCCUGCAAAAAUUCCAUUUUGUGGAAACUCAAUUGUAGAGGAAGACGAAGAUUGCGAUUGCGGUAUGAGAUCGCAAUGUGAAAAGGAUCCUUGCUGUGUGCCAAGACAAACUAACGAACGACCGUGUAAGGUGAACAGGAAAAAAGGAUACCAGUGUCAUCCGUCUCAAGGAAUUUGUUGUACCAAUGAAUGCAAAUACGCAAUAUUGGACAACUUGCACUGUAAAAACUUUGAACGGACAUGUCCUUGCACAAAUGGAACAGAACCCUGUUAUUGUGGAAUAAGAGGUCGAUGUAUCAAAAAUCAAUGUCAUAGUUACGAAUGUACAAGAAUAAACCUUCUAGAAUGCGCGUGUGCAGCAGAAUCUUGCCACGCAUGUUGCCAGAUAGGGAAUCAAUGCAAACCUGCUCUGUUGGUAACGCGUGAUUUAUUAAACAAAAAGAAUGAUGCAGCUACGUUUAAAUAUUUUGUAAAUCAAGUAAGUGGUACCAAUAACCCUCCACAAACAAGACCAGAUGUCGAAGGAUAUACUUAUGAGGAAUUUUGCCAGACAAACAAUGGACAGAGAAUAUGCGUACGUACUCAUUUUUUUAUAGCUAAACCUGGACGAUAUUGCGUUAGUAGAGGCAAUCUAGGAAAAUGUACCAAGUCUAUCGGGGAUGGUAAAUUCAAAUGCAAAAUUCUUCCAAAGACGCCAAAGAAACAAAUAUUUCCUUUGAUGAGCGGAUCAUGGACUAUACAUUUUGGACAAGCCACAAUCCUUCACAUACUUGUACUAAAUUCUAUCUUCAUUUUUAUUGUCUCGAACUAAACAAAAGUACCUAAUGUAAUAUUAAAAAAUAUAAAAUAAAAUUUUAUCGGCUACCUUUGAUUCAAUGUAAUGCUUUACGCCAAAGACAUCUAAAUAAAGGACACAGAACUAUUUACAUUUUAUCGCGAUCAAACAUCGUUUCCAGCAAAAAUCGAUGAUGAUAAAUUUCUGGUAAUUACGUUAGAUAGCAUGUUAUUAUUAUUAUAAAUAUAUUUUUUUGGGGUACCUAAUAGAAUAAACCACUUGGGGUGUCACUUGU